AUGUUUAUCUCACGACUUAUUUUAUCGGCAUCUUGUAAAAAUCACUCCUCCAUGCCCAUGAAAGUGUAUGCCGCUGAGGGGCCUCAAAUACCUUUGAAGAAAAAUUGGCUGGACUCUUGGUGUGCUUUGCCUGCAAGUUUUGAAGCAGUGGCUAAGGCAAUUUUAAACUAUGAAAUACGUUCAGAUGAUGUCUUCUGUUUGACUUAUAUGAAAAGUGGCACUACUUGGAUGCAAGAAGCUGUCUGGUUAUUGUUAAACAAUUUGGAUUAUGAGAAGAGUAAAGCAGCAUCAUUGUCACUGCGAAGUCCUUUUUUGGAAUUAGAAGGUGUGCAUCCCAAUAUUUUUAACACUUUGGAUAUGGUUAAGAACUUGGAAAGACCGCGGGUUAUAAAGACCCAUUUGCCAGCAAAUUUAAUGCCCCAGCAAAUUUGGGUAACUAAGCCAAAGAUUAUUUAUCUUGCACGCAACUGCAAGGAUGUUGUGGUCUCCACCUAUCAUUUUAUGAAUAAUUUGGGCUACAGGCUUGAUUAUGAUUUUGAAAAUUUCGUUAAUGAUUUUAUGAACAAUGAAAUUUGGUAUACCAGCUAUUGGUCUCAUGUAUUGGACUAUUGGAAGAUGCGGCAUGAGCCCUACAUACUUUUUAUGACCUAUGAGGAAAUGCAAAGGGAUUUGAAAGGAGUUUUGCAAAAGUUAUGUACAUUUCUGGAGAGGCCACAGUUAAAGCCAGAUGAAAUGGAGAAAAUGCUGGAGCAUUUAUCAUUUGAAAAAAUGAAAGCUAAUAAUCAAAUUAAUGCUACCCAGGCAUUAAAAAAUCUUUCCACUACAAAAGAGGAAUUUCAAUUUUUGCGUCGCGGGGUUGUGGGUUCAUACAAAGAUGAAAUGUCACCAGCACUGCAAGCCAAAAUUGAUAAAUGGUCUAGUGAGUUUUUGGCCCAACAUGGAUUAACGGAAGAAGAUAUUUUUGGCAAAUUUUAG